GCUGACACAAUUCACAUCUCUUUUUGUUCGCUGUGAAAGGGUGUCUGUGUUGUGUGUGUUGAUGCGGAGACUGGAAGAGUAUCAUUGCAUCAUUGUCAACACCCAAUGCAACAAACCCUCGUCAGCCAAACAAAACUACCCACCAUUUAUACUGUAUCUGGGGGUCUUUCAUAUAGAUAGUAUUAUAAGAACAAAACAAUCCAUUGACCAUGGCGGACGACAACCUCUCCCACAUUAAAUACAGCGAGGACAUUUCCAGUCUCUCCGAUGCCCAAGAUAUGAUCCUGGCGAUUCUCCCCAUUAUUCCAGCAUUGCUGAGCGCGACCGGUUCCGCCGCCAUCAUUCACAUGGUCUUGACAUCCGCACGAAAGACUCCCUACCGAAGAAUCAUGAUGGGUUUGAGUUGCUACGAUUUGUUGAGCUCGCUCAUGUAUCCACUGCAAGCGUUCUUGUUGCCCCGCGACACGUCGCAACGACUGUGGGCCAUUGGCAACCGCGCCAGCUGCAGUAUGCUGGGAUUUUUCAUAAUCAUGUUUUUCAGUGCCGCCUGGUACAGUGGCACAUUGUCGUGCUAUUUUUGUUUGACGGUCAAAUUUGGCGUCCGAGAACGCGAUUUUGCGAAACGGUACGAACCGUAUAUGCACGCCGUGUCGAUUGGGUAUCCACUAUUGGCGGCCAUUGUCGGACUGAGUUUGGGUACCUAUCACGAAAUUGAAAUUGGGGCAUCGUGCGGGGUCACCAAUUGGCCAGAAGGCUGUGGAUGUCGAGAAGGAGCGGAAGAAGAAUGCUGUUUGUCGCCUAUAUUGGCAUGGGUGUUGGGAGGCAUUCCACUCUUUCUCAUUUUUUGCACCAUUCUCGUCAACAAUCUGCUCGUGUUCUGUCAUGUCCGAAAUACCAUUGCCAAGAGUCGUCGAUUCAUGAGCCGAAGUCUGCAACACUACUCCACAGCAACCACAGCAACUCGCCGUGGCAGCAUGAACCGUCGUGCUAGCUUUACUACCGCCAUGAGUCGUCGUGCGAGCUUGAACAAUUCCAUGACAGAACUACCACAACAAGCAUCACCAGCACGAGACGCCCAGACGGAACGAAUACGGUCCGUGGCCAUUCAAGCAUUCCUCUACGUGGCGAGUUUUUUCAUUACACAAUCGGCCUUUGUGGCACUGCGAAUCAUGGAAUCGAGAGAUUACGAUGCCGAAGAUGAAGAUGCCCUCUUUCCCUUGUUGGUACUACAAACCUUGACACUUCCCAGUCAAGGAAUCAUGAACUGUCUCAUUUAUGCCCGUCCUGGCUAUUUGAGGGCGCGCAAGGAAUAUCCCAAUGAAAGUCGAUUCUGGGCGUUUCGUCGGGCGUUGCAUGGCGACAAGGUGCAACCGUCGGAUGACGAUGACGACGCAUACGGUGAGGAUACACGCACCCGUCGUGGCAAAAACAACGACAACAAUACGACGACCGGUAUGAAUACCAGUCGGCCAUUUGGUGGUUUGAAUUCCAGCAAGCCAGAACUGGUGGAGCUGGUGGACGUUGAAAACGCCGCUGCUGCCAAUGUUGACCCGGGAGAGACGGACGAAAAUGCUAUAGAAAUGGCAUCCUUGGGAUACAACACGUUUCAUGACGACGACAAUAAUGGCAAAAGCGACGCAGACCAUGAAAAUAACAACAAUGUGGUGGCCAACAACAAUUUCGAUGAUGCCAAUGACGACAGACAGGGAUCUUAUAACGAGUCCUGCAGCUUUAACGAUGACGAUAAUGGCGGCCACGAUGAACUUUUCAAAAUUGGAACCAAUGGUACCUGCGAGGAAGCACAAGCUUCAUCACGUCACCAUGAAACAAUCUUCGAUGACGCAAACGAGGGAGAAGCGUCCGAGAUCAUGGGAAGAACGCUAAAUGAUGGCCAUCACGGGGAUAAUAUGGUGGAAGCAGCAGAGCGCACCGAUACUGCUCAGGAGUCGAAAGAGUCCGGCUCGGAGGAGACCGAACACGAAAGUUUGUCCGCAAUCAGCAAAAUUGGAGGAUCUCAUCAUUCUUCCAGUAGUCGAGCAGGAAGAGAGUGUCAAGCGUAGAGAAAGGAACCAACCGUUCAUGUCCACAACAAACAUGAAUUUGAAAAUCUCCUGAUCAUCAUCUAGAGAUCUCACCAAUGCCGCCUCGUGUGUCCAACUAACUGGCGCCACACGAUCAAAAAUGGAAUCUUCCGCAUAAUUUCCAUCCUUGGUUUGUCAAUCAUGGUGGCCUUUGCCAACGCCAGCCAAGCGCGAGAUGAUGAAGCCUCUGCCAUCUUCGCAAUCACCACGGUGAGAACCUGAUCAUCAAUGAAAGCAUCGAGAGAAGGACAUCGAAGAGUUGAAGCUUUGCACUUCAAGUGUUUGGCACAGGCAGUGGCUCGAAACCUACAACAUCACACUUCGGAAGCUACUUACGGUUCAACGGCGUCCAACGUUGACGCUUGCAAAGCACAUCCUUCAAUAGCCUCCUAUGCUGCUACGUGUUCUUGCAAACGCCCACGCAGCGCGAACGGCGUGAAUCAGAUAGUAGUGGCACGCAAAACGAGGGAUUUAGGAAAACCGUGGCUGCUACUCAACAUUCUCCUCUACGGCACGGCACCGUAACAGCGUCCUGGCCUGCUACAAUACUCCAGUGCCGGUUGCAUUCACCUGCCUCUGCAGCAUAUUUUCGGUUCCCAAUUCGCUGAUCACUCGCAAGGUGUGUCACCUUUGAAGCCUCUAGAAUGGUCUUGCCAAAAGCGUGUAAAAAAGGAGAUGCUUGCACUGCAGAAGACUUCCUGAUGGUGUUGUGGUGUCGGCUUGCUCUGUACGUACCGCUAUGAAGAAGGGUAGCUGGAGUAAAUAUAACAUUAGGGUUAACGUGCUGGUCCUACUGAUUG